UCUUGAAGCUCAGUUUGAAACACAGUUGGAGUACAAGAGAGAAAUUGAAACUCUACAACAACAGAUAACUGAACUGCAGAUGAACAGGAAUCAAACACAAGAUCCAUUAAUCAGUCCUGAUACUCUCCGCAUUGUGCUGCUGGGGAAGACUGGAGUUGGAAAAAGUGCAACAGGAAACACCAUCGUAGGAAAAGAAAUCUUUUUUGAAGACAGUUCAUAUGAAUCAGUCACUACGUUUUGUCAAAAAGAGACGUGUGAGUUUAAUGGGAGGCUGAUUACUGUGAUUGAUACUCCAGGACUGUUUGAUACAAAAGUCUCUAAUAUAGAGAUAAAAAAAGAGAUCAUCAAAUGCAUCUCCAUGGCUGCACCAGGUCCUCAUGUGUUCCUGCUGGUACUGAAAAUAGGACAACGCUUCACACAAGAGGAAAGAGAGACAGUGAAUUUGAUUAAAGAAACUUUUGGUGAGAAAUCUAGAAUGUACACCAUGGUGCUCUUUAGUAGUGGUGAUCAGUUAAAAAAACAAACAGUUGCACAGUACAUUCAGAAAGGGUCAGACAUUAAAAAACUUCUGUAUGAGCUUGGUAACAGGUAUCAUGUCUUUAACAAUAAUGACAGAAGCAGCAACACUCAGGUUUGUGCUCUCCUUGAUAAAAUUGACUCUAUUGUGAGAGUGAAUAAAGGAAGCUGCUACACCAAUGAGAUGUUCCAGCAGGUGGAGAAAGAAAUAAAGGAAAACCAGGAGAGAAUCCUGAAGGAGAAAGAGGAGCAGCUGAAGCGAGAGAAAGAAGAACUAAAAGCAAAAUAUGAAGCUGAAAUGGAGAACAUGAAGAAAAUGAUGCAGGAACAAAAAGAACAACAAGAAGCAGAAAGUAGAAGAAAAGAGGAAGAGUUUAAAGUGAGAGAGGAACAAAUAAAAACAGAGCUGGCAGAAAGAGAAAAAAUAAUGCAAAAAAGAUUUCAGGAAAAGAAAAGAAGAAGAUGAUUUAAAGAUGAAUGAGUGGAUAAAACGAAUAAAUCAAGAAAGAGAGGAGAACAGAAAACAGUGGGAGAAGCAAAGAGAAGAAGAUCAGAAACUAAGAGGUCAGGAGGAAGAAGAAAGAAAAAGGAGAGAACAAGAAUGGAUUCAGAAGAAGAAAGAAGAGAAAGAGAAGUUUGAGAGAGAAAAAGAAGAGCUGAAAAGAAAUGAAAAAGAAGCAUUAAAGAAAUUACAGCAGGAGUAUAAACAGAGAGCAACAGAGGAAGAGAAGAGAAGAAAAGAUUUAGAAGAGAAAAUAAAACAUGCAGAGGAAAGCAAAGAGAAGGAACUACUGGAACUUCAGGUAUCACAACUACAAGAGUCAGAAAGAAGAAUGAGAGAAGAUGAGAAAAGACGAGAUGAACAGCAGAAGUACUGGGAAAUGAAAAUCUGUUUUAUGGAGGAAGAGUGGAAUUUAGAGCAGUGUGAAAAGCAAUUGCAUUAUGAAUGGGAAAAGCAGAAAGAAAGAGAGGAAAGA